AUGGGUGGUGGAGACUUGAACAUGAAGAAGUCUUGGCACCCGCUCCUGCUUAAGAAUCAGGAGCGGGUCUGGCUCGAGGAGAAGAAGGCUCUCGAGGAAAAGAAGAAACUUGACCAGCUGCGCAAAGAGAAGGAGGAGGAGAGGCAGCUGCAGGAACUUCAACGUUUACAAGAAGAGCAAACGGGAAAGAGAAAGACUGAGAAGCUAGAAUGGAUGUAUGCGACACCUGCGACUGGGAGUAAUCAGAACGCAAACGAUUUGGAGGACUACCUGCUGGGUAAAAAGCGGGUUGACAAGAUCUUGACUGCCGAUGAGAACGCGCAGCUUGGCGCCUCUCACAAGAACUUCAUCGCCAUUCAGAAUGCUAACAAUGCUAGAGACAUUGCCGCAAAGAUUCGUGAAGACCCGUUGCUCGCUAUCAAGCAGCAAGAACAGGCUGCAUACCAGGCACUCAUGUCUAACCCCCUCCGUCUUCGUGAAAUGCAGGAACGGAAUGAGAAGAAGCGAGAGAAGAAGGAAAAGAAAGAACGGCAUGCCAGGGCACGAUUGGACCGCUCAAGGUCAAGAAGUCCUGCAGCGGAAUACAAGAUAAAUGAUCAGGGUCGUGACUCUCUUGACGACGGCGUCCGGACUUGGCCCCGCUCGGACGAAUCAGACGAUAAUGGCUAUGGACGUCGCAGAAGCAUCGAGCGUAGUGGCAGACGCGCGGAAGAUGAUAGGAAACGGAGACGCAGUCCUAGUCCCCCUCAUCUCCUCCAAGAUCUGAUUCCCGGCCCGGAUCCUUCCAUCAAGAAGCAGCCAUCCAAUGCUGCGGAAGACCGUGCCGCAAAACUGGCUGCCAUGCAGUCGGGUGCCGCAACCAUGGAGGUAGAGCGGCAGCAGCGGCUUAUGGCACUGCUUGAGAAAGAGAAGGCUGACAUGGAAGCGGAAGAGCAAGCCCGCGCAAAGUCAAAGGGCAUGGAACAGAAGAAGGUCUUUGGCGGCGUGGGUGGUUUAGAAGACAGGCUCAAGCGGGGAAGAGGUGGCCUGGUUGCCGAUGCGGACUGA